UCCGCUUUGAAGUACUAGCGCUCGCUGAGUUCCGGUUGUCGGCCAUUGUUUUGGAAUUUGGAGGAAAUGUUCAGAAAAAAGUGUGUUUAUAGAUUUCAGAGACAGCAGAAGGUAUACAGCGCACACUGCUGUGUUCCGCUGUGUACAUCUUCGGCUAAAUUUAACGGAACUUUAAGUUUUCACGGUUUUCCUGCAGAUGUCGACCUUAGAAAACGGUGGCUUGUGAACAUACGCCGAGACGAUUUUUGUCCUACCAGCAAUUCUAAGGUUUGCAGUAAACAUUUCACCUGUGAUCAGAUUAUUGAACCGCAAACACCAGAGGCACGGAGAAAGUUAGUAACUGGCGCUGUGCCAGUGCUCUUUGCCUGGAAUGAUUACUCGGUUAAAGCAUUGCGGCCCGGUGUGUGGGAUAGGAGAGAGAGGCCUGCCGAAGUGGUUUCCGCUGAACCUGUGCCCAUGGACGUAACGAUGGAUCAUGAUUACUGUAGCAUUCCCGAUCCCUCUUCAUUAGACCUGGCAUGUGCUAAAAUAGAAGAGCUCUCCAAAAAAGUGGAGGAGAUGCAAAAACAGCUACACGAGUUACACGUUCAGCGUGAUUUCGGAUUGGAGCGGUUUGCCGGCUCAGAUGAGGAUAUCAGAUUUUACACAAGGUUUCCCAGCUACCGUCACCUGAUGUCAUUCUGGUGGCUAAUCGAGCCAUCCGUACACAAAAUCAUUCGUGUGUCCAGAUCUAAAUCUGCUGCUAGAAAGCAUGAAGAUAUCACACGUGUACUGCCACCAUCAGAGAGACAGCUGCUGCAGCCAAUCGAUGAGUUUUUUCUUUUCCUUAUCUACCUGUCAGCUGGUCUAAAGGAGAGAGACCUGGCACAUCGAUUUCAUAUGCAUCCUUCCACAGUGAGCAGAAUAAUUUCAACGUGGACAAACUACCUCUAUACACUGCUGGGAUCAGUGUGUGUGUGGCUUUCAGCAGCUGAUGUGAAAUCUAACCUCCCUGAAGAAUUCACCGAUUUCCCAGACACACAGGUCAUCAUUGACUGCACUGAAAUCAGAUGUCAAACACCAUCCUCACCACUACUACAAAGUGAAAUGUACUCAAAUUACAAAUCUCACUGCACAAUGAAAGGCCUCAUUGGAAUAGCUCCUCAUGGACCAGUGACAUUUGUUUCUCAGCUUUAUGCUGGGUCAAUCAGUGACAGGGAGAUCUUUAAACAGUGUGGGAUAACCAAAAGAUUGUCAGAAGACAUGGCAGUUAUGGUUGAUAAAGGCUUCCUGAUUAGUGACUGUGUCCAUUGUAAAGUUUACUGUCCACCAUUUCUCUCCAGGUUAAAGCAGAUGCCAGCACAUCAGGUGAAAGAAACACAGGCAAUAGCGAGACUGCGUGUGCACGUGGAACGAGUCAUCAGGAGGAUCAAACAAAACAAACUUUUUGAUGGUGUCAUCACACUUUCCCACAGUGUUAACAUUAAUCAACUUUUUACAGUUGCAUGUCUGUUGUCAAAUUAUCAAAACAAGGCAUUAGUAAAGACAUGGAUCAAAUGAGAUCUCUUAGAUGACUUUGAGUACUGGUAUGCUAUAUUUCACAUGUAUGAUUGUAUCUCAGUGAUACUCAAAUCUGGCUCCUGAGAUCCACUUUCCUGCAGAGUUUAGCACAAACCCUAAUCAAAUACACCUGAGCAUGUUAAUUAAUGUCUUCAGGGUCAUUAGAAAAAAACAGUCAGGUGUAUUUGAUAUGGGUAAGUGCUAAACUCUUCAGGAAAGUGGAUCUCACGAGCCAGAUUUGAGUAUCACUGCUUUAACUCUUACAUUAAAAAUGUCAAUGUUAACUCUGAAUAUGUUUAUUAAAAAAAAGUUUAUGACAAGCAAGAUUAAUGAAAUUUUCUGAAUAAAACUGACAUUGUACAAAUAAGAAAAUGGAUUUGAACAUAAGAAACAGAAACAGAUAUUGUACAAAUAAUAAACAUUUAUUAAAAUA